AUGCUGUUUCUAUAUCUACAUUUUACAGAUUGUCCAUCGAAGGCAGACAUAGUAUUUGUUCUUGAUGCGUCCAGUAGUGAGGGUAACACAAAUUUCCAGAAACAGGUCAACUUUGUUCGAGAUUUUGUGAGCAGGUUUUCUGUAGGUUCCACUAGAAAUCAAUUUAGUGUCGUUACGUUUGCGUCUAAUGUUAAGAAUGAAUUUUGGUUAAAUGAAUAUUCUAGCAGUUAUAGCCUUAGAAAUGCAAUUAGCAAAGUGACAUAUCAACAGGGAACAACAAACACACACUUAGCAUUAGAUUUUGUUCGACAAAACUCAUUUCUGCCUGCAAAUGGUGGACGACCAGAUGCCGAAAAAGUCGUAAUAGUUUUGACAGAUGGCCAGUCAACAGAUCCUGCAAAAACAAAAACUGCAGCAGAAGACCUACAUUUAGCAGGAGCACAAGUGAUUUCUGUAGGAAUUGGGAGCGGGAUAGGGUCGCAAGAACUGGAAACAAUCGCCAGCGACAAACAACAUGCUUUUAAGGUGGCAAACUUCGAUGCACUAAGGACUAUAGAGACACAAAUUCAACAAGCUGCAUGCCAACCACCAUCAUUAGUUUGUUCAAAGAAAAAGGCCGAUAUCGUAUUUGUACUCGAUGCAAGCAGUAGUAUUGGAACAAUCGACUUUCAAAAGCAAUUGGAUUUUGUCAAAAAUACGGUUAGACAGUUCAAUGUUGGACCAUCAAAUACACAAUUUUCCGUCCUUUCAUUUUCUGAUCAAGUCUACAAGGAAUUCAGAUUAAACCAGUAUUCGACAAAAACUUCUGUUAUAUCUGCUAUAUCUAAAAUAAAAUUUCACACGGGAUCAACGAAUACUCAUCUAGCAUUGAACCAAGUAACGAACGACAGUUUUUCAAUAGCCAAUGGCGGAAGACAAGAUGCGGCGCAAAUUGUGAUCUUUCUGACUGAUGGACAAUCAACAUACCCACCACAAACAUUACAAGCGGCAAAAAAUUUACAUAAGGCUGGACCGGAAGUUAUCGCCAUUGGAGUAGGAAGCGGAGCAAAUUCCAAUGAACUGACACAGAUAGCUACCGAUAGAAACCAUGUUUUUCAAGUCGCCAACUUUGAUGCUUUAGCAACUCUACAGACCGAUUUAGAAAAGACAGCUUGUAAAACAAAUGAAUGCCGUGGAGUAAAGGCAGAUAUUGUUUUUCUCUUGGAUUCGUCUUCUAGUGAAGGAUCAACAAACUUUGAAACACAGCUCCAAUUUGUUUCAAAUUUUAGCUCCCGAUUUUUUAUUGGCCCGGAUGCAGUGCAGAUAGGACUAGCUACUUUUUCGAGUAAUCCACAAAACCAGUUUUGGCUGAACACUUAUUCCAAUUUAAGUGAUGUUUUAAAUGCUCUUCAAAACGUUCCAUACACCCAGGGAGGAACGAAUACAGCAGACGCCUUAAGUUUUGCUAAAAACAGUAGCUUUACAAAAGCACAUGGGGCACGCGAUGGUAUUCCAAAAGUUCUUAUAGUUAUGACCGAUGGCCAGUCUCAGUCUCCACCAGACACCGCAAUUCAGGCCAAAAAUCUCCACAAAACUGACAUUAAAGUUAUAUCUAUUGGAAUCGGAAGUUCAGUCAAUAAAGACGAACUCAUAACCAUUGCCACUGAUCCAGGACACUCAUUUACGGUUGCAAACUUCAGCGCUUUGAAAGAUAUAGCAUUAGAACUGGAGAAACAGACAUGUAAAGAUGAGACUCCAUUAGGCCUUUGUGGUGCAGCAACGGCAGAUGUGGUAUUUGUCCUAGACGCAUCCAGCAGUGAAGGCAGUGCUAAUUUCCAAAAACAAGUGGAUUUCGUUAAAGAUUUUGUAAAGCGAUACCAGAUAGGACCAAAUAACCUUCAGGUUGGAUUGGUAACCUUCAGUACUUACGCAUCCAACCAGUUUUAUUUUAACACCUACCAUGACCAGGCAUCGGUACUUAAGAAACUGAAUUCGAUUCCCUACAACAGCGGGUCAACCCAUACAGACAAAGGAUUACAGUAUGCAAGACUUUUCUAUGUACAUGGUUCUAGCCAUGGUCAAAGAGCUACAGCUAAUCAAAUCGUGGUUGUGCUCACUGAUGGACAAUCCACAAGUCCAAGUGCCACUACAUCUCAAGCAAAACAACUGCAUGCUACAGGAGCUACAGUAUUUGCUAUAGGUAUUGGAAGCAACGUUAAUACCCAUGAGCUUCAAUCCAUCGCUGACAGUCCAAAUCACGUGUAUCAAGUGUCUGGCUUUGAUGCUUUAAAUGGUAUACAGUACGAAUUAAAUCAAGCAGCGUGUGCUAUGCCAACACCUCCACCAACCGUUGAUCCAGAGUGUGGAUCUCAACCAGCAGAUAUUUACUUUCUUCUGGAUUCAUCUGGAAGUGUUACGACAACCAACUUUAAAAAACAACUGCAGUUUGUAAAAGAUUUUGCCAGUCAGUAUGUAAUCGGUCCUGCCAACAUACAAAUAGGACUAGCUACCUUUUCUACUUCCGUCCAUGAACGUAUACGACUUGACCAAUACAAAAGCACAAAUCAACUUGUGGCUGCAAUUACCAGCGUAUAUUAUGAUGGUGGACUGACAUACACCGAAGAUGCAUUGAAAUAUGCUCGUACAACAGCUUUCACUCAUGGUGGACGACCAAAUGUUCAGAAGAUUGUUGUUGUUCUCACAGAUGGUAAAUCAUAUUCACACACAAAUACAGUCACAGAAGCAAAUAAACUGAAAAGUAUGCCUGGAGUCAAAGUUAUUUCUAUUGGAAUCGGAUCCUCUGUGGACCGGAAUGAGCUACUCGAUAUUGCGUCGGACUCCUCUCAUAUGUUUACAGUUGCCGGAUUUAAUUCUUUGGCUGCUAUCAAGUCAGAAAUAUCAUUUGCUGCCUGUCAAUCAUGUGGAUUUGUACAACGAGCUGAUAUUAUAUUUGCUCUGGAUGCUUCAUCCAGUGAAUCAAGAGUUGACUUUCAAAAUGAGCUGAAUUUUGUGUCUCGUUUUGUAAAUGAUUUACCGGUAGGCCCAAACAAUGUCCAGUUCGGAUUGGUCACAUUCGGAUCAACGGCUCAUAAUGAGUUCUUCCUGAAUCAAUACGGGAACAAACAAUCUACCCUAGAUGCAAUUCAAAAGGCCACGUAUGUUACAGGCACUACAGCGACAGGUGAUGCAUUGCAGAUGAUUAGACAACAGCACCUUCUCCCUUCGCACGGAGCACGAAACUCUUCAAAACACUUUAUAAUAGUCCUUACAGACGGAGCGUCAACAGACAAAAAUUUAACUGCAACACAGGCAGCAUUACUUAAACAGGAGAACGCUAUUGUAAUAGCCAUUGGAGUUGGUAGCGGCAUAGAUAAGAACGAGUUAAACGUAAUAGCCACCGACUCUAAACAUGUGUUUAAUACUCAAGAUUUUAUCACUUUACAACAGAUUCAACAAGAAGUCAAAAGUGCUACUUGUGAUGCCUUAAAAACAACUUUACCGACAACCACAGUUUCUACAACUACAGUUGCUACAACUACGCCCACAACAGUGACAACGGCGGAGCCAUUCAUUGAAACACCAACCCCAACACAGCCAAAUAUUGAAACGCCAGCACCAACACAACCAAAUAUUGAAACUCCAGAUCCUAACCGGGAAUACCCUCCAACAACGACGCCACCUAACCGCGAAACACCUGCACAAGCAUUCCCAUUAACACCAUCACCAGAUCCCAAAACGUAUACAGGCGAUUAUAACGAAAGGCAAACAAUUUCAGGGCAAAGAAAUGAAAGCUCCAGUCUUAUUUUCUUAUAAUAAAUUGCCAAACAAAA